AUGUCAGAAGGCUUCCCGUCAUUGACGCACGAGCGGCGCGCCUUUCCGCUCCCGACCAUCUCCGAGGACACGCUGCAAUAUGCGCUGCACCUGCCCCCCGUCCCCUCUUCCGAGUCGGCAGCCGACAGCUCCGCCGACGCAACCGCGCUCGCGACGCUGAUCACGUCCGAAGUGGAGUCUGCUCUCCCCACCCCCUGGCUGUGGAACAAGGAUCCUUGGGAGCUCAAAGUCGUCCCUUCUGGGAGUACCACGGCACAAGCCCCCUCCAAGCUCGAGGGGCGGAUGCGCGUCGGCGACGCAGUGGACGACGAGUGGCUCGUCGUCUGGCUCCUGCGUCAAAUCUCAGAACGUCACCCAACCCUAGCAAUCAGCAUUCGGGACAAUGACGGCGAGUUCCUCCUGAUUGAGGCGGCGCACGCGCUGCCCGCCUGGGUCGCGCCCGAGAACGCAGACAACAGACUCUGGCUCAUGGGCGGGUCGUGGUAUCUCCUCCCACUCAGUGUGAAGAGCAAGAAUCCCCCGAAACAGCUCCAGGACGCCGACUAUGAUGAGACCGGCCGCGCGGUCGAUCCAGAAGCAUAUCUCUCCGAGGACGAUGCCUUGGCUGCCCUCCGCGCAAACCCGGAGCAGUACAAGGUCCCCGAGGGCGUCUCCGCUGCCAUCGACGGGCGGAUAUCGAGAUACCCCGCCGCGCUCAAGACGCACCAGCACCGCGCGCGCGCCUAUGUGCCCGUCGAGAUCGCGCGGACGCUGUACGCCGACCCCUCCCUGAUCCAGAAGGCAGUCGAGGCAUUCUACGUCCGAGACCCCGCCCAGCUACGGAGCGCGAGCCGCAUGUCCCGCUUCCCGCCCGGGAACGCCGUGCUCACGAGCAUACCGAUGACGCGGCCCGCCUACGCCCAGCUGGCGGGGCAGGUGUGGCACCCGCCCCGCGCGUUCGGGGCCGAGUGGCACGUCCCCGAGUCCGAGGGGCGGGACGAAGCGCGCUGGCGCGAUAUUGGCGCCAAGGUCGCCACGGGCUUCGAGAUCAUGUACAAGGAGGGCGGGCGGGGGCGGACUGGCGACACAUCUGCCGCGGACCCUGCGGCUCUGGCGAAUGAUCCAGAGUACAGGCGCUACCUGUCUGAUCUCCAAAAGGCGGGCUUCUUCGGCGAUGAGCGCGAAGGUAGCGCACACUGGCAGGAGCGCGAAAGGCAGGCGGCACAGGGCUGGGUCGACGCCCGCAGCGCCGACACGCAGCAGGCGCGUCCCUCGUUUGCGGCGCUCGUCGACGCCGCCCUCGCCAAGACGGAACACACCGAUCCGGCUGCAUACGAGGUCAACAAGGUCGAUGCGGACAAGGAGGACGACGACGCCUGGCUCGCCGUCGACCCGCACGAACUCGACGCGCUCAUGGCCAAGGCGGCCGGCGGGAGCUCGAGCAACCAGGCCAAAGUAGGCGAGGAGGACGGCAAGGCGCUCGCGGACCUUGCGAGCAAGAUGGAGGCGUUUGUCGGCGGGCAGGGCGAUCUGGGCGGAGCCAGAUUUGCAGACGAACUCGACGACGAGGACAUGGACUCGUCCGACUCGGACGACGAGAAGCCGAAGCAACCUGAGUCUGAGCCCGAGCUCACAGACCGGCAGAGACAGGAACGGCUCGCUGCGCUCGUGCAGCCGCUGGACGCGAGCGAGUGGGGCCAGCGCACGCAGUCCCAGCCCGACAUCGAUAUCGACAUGGACGGUCCCGGACUCGUGGCGGGCUCAAAGGCGGGUGACGCCAUGCUGCCGUCCUCCAUGCGGCCGCCGCGUUUCGCGAAGCAAGAGUACGACGGCGUCAUCUCCGAAUCGUCUGACGAGGACGACGACGAUGACAACAACCUGGGCCCCGAGAACAGUAUCGGCCGCAAAGUACUCGGCAUGAAGUGGGGCGAUGGCGCGCCGCGCUCGCGUCCUGACGAGGGACCCAAAGAAGCCACGAUAGAGGAGAUCCCCUCGGACGAAGACGAGGAGGAUCGGCAGAGGAAGAAGGCCCUCGAGCUCGGCGACAUUGACGAGGAGAUGAACCGGCGUGUCUGGGGCGGCGGUGGGGGCGGCGACACGCCCGAAAAGCCCAAGAAGGAGGACGAGGGCGACGUCAACAUGGGCGACGAGGAGAAUGACUUUCUCGAGUUCUCGCGCAAGGCACUCGGGCUCAGUGAUGAGCAGUGGGCCGACAUUCUCAAGGAGCGCAGGGACCGCGGCGCGUACGUGCCCUCGCCUGGGGCUAAGAAGGCCGCUGGACCCGUGCCGCCCCCACAGGCACCUGCCGCGCCGCAGGGAGAGCCGAACCAGGCGCUCAACUCGUUCGAGACCAUGAUGAAGGCCAUGGAGGACGAACUCGCUCGGCAUAACCAGGGCAAGGACGAGACGAUGGCUGAAGAGCCUGUCGCGCCCCGUUUCGUCAAGCCCGUCAAGAAAGAUGCGCCGAAGAACUCGCCCAAGCAGAAGGGCGGCCUCAAGCCUGGCAAGGGCAAGUCGACCCGGUUCCAGCGCCUGCAGGAUCUCCCGUCCGAAGCUGAUCUCGACGACAUGGACGACGAGCAGCUCGCCGCCAUGGACGCUGAGCUGAGGCAAGCGCUCGAGGGCGUCAGCGACGACGAUGACGACAUGCCCGAGGCUUCGCAGCUCGACGAGAGCGGCAAGCAGCAGUACGACAUGAUGAAGAACUUCCUCGAGAGUUACCGCAGCCAAGGCGGUCAGAGCGGUGUCGUAGGCAACCUCUUCGGGCGACUCGGCGAGGAGGCUCCAGGCAAGGACAGCAAGUGA